AAUCCAUCUAUCCAUGUUGCUGUGCGUUACUUCUUGCGCAUCUUAUCAACCCAAGCUGUCAGCCUCCCUGCUUUCAACACUCGGUGACAUGUCGCCCCUCAACGGCUUCCCCGGCCCAUGUAACCUCGGUGAUAGACUGAUAUACAUCUCAUGCACAAUUCCAGAAUUUAGGUCUGAUGACCAGGCAGGAUAGGAUAGCACAAGUCCAAGGAAAUUGCCCAUUCAUCUUGUCGCGCAGUAUGGUACAUCGGCUUAGGCUCAGCCGUCGAGCGGCAGCAGUGUGCAGUGCUGUGCUGUUGGUGCUGGUCGCUGUCGCUGCGCUGAGCGCUCCCAAAGUUGCGGCCGUAGACGAUGCCCGCUGUCAGAAUGCCAUGAAGCUGCAAACGGAUCCCACCAUCACCUCCUUCAAGCAAUGCGCGGGAGCCAACCCCAUUCCCCCCAACUGCUGCAUCCGCAUGGCACCAUUCAUCCAGUACGCCGAUUGCCUCCAGGUGCCCAAGUACAAGCAGAUGGCGGACUCCUUCCUCGCGCCCAACGUUACGGUCGACCGGGCGCUCAAGGACUGCCUGGGCGGCUGACCUGAGCAGCAGCGGGGUUGGGUUCAGGGGGCGGAGCUGCGGGCCACAUUCAUCCGUUAGGGCUGGGACUGGGGGGCGGCGCGGUGCUGCUUGCAGGUACCUGGAGAUCUGGAACGAGUCUGGGCUUUGCUUUAGUGCGGCGUUGGGUUUUGGCUGGGCUGGGGCUGUGAGGAUGGCAUGGCCUGAUGCGGUAUAGGUGCGGUGGAAAGCGUUGGUAGCAACAAUUCGGGGAAAGGGUGGCAGUCGGGUGCUUUUGAGGCUGCUUGCGGCAUGGUCAAGGUGGUGCAGUGAUGCCGUACUCCAUGUGGGUCCUAGGAAUGUGGCCUCUGCGCCGGCGUGCGUGAAAGCUCGAAAGAAAAAAAGAGGGGCGUGGUUGUUCAGUUACCGGUAGUGAUGGCCACUGCUAUGGAGAGGGCGUGUGUGGGAUCUGUGUGCUUUUGCUGUGGACCCGAAGAACGCCAUGCGAGUGUUGGUAUGAACUACAAGGCGGCCUAACGGAUGAUUGUUGUGGAUGGAGGUACGGGCGUACCUCCAUCCACAAGGGCGUCGGGUCUGGGUGUGGGACACUGCUAGGGCAGGCAACUAGGAACGGCAUGUGCCGCACGGGUCCUCAACGGGGUGUGUGGCGUGGUGCGACGCCGCUGUAAUGCGCACACGUACACCGCUGACCUGAUGGCCUCCCUUGUAACAAACUAAGGCGCACCACAGGAAGCAAUGUCGCGGG